GAUAGACAACCACAUUUCUUCAGUAGUCCUCCGGCUGUCAGAGCGCACCUUAACAUCCGGACCCAACGAAGAGAAACCCACGCGCUCAACAGAAGAAACUCUUUUGCCGAAUCGUAUCACAGCAGAAGAAGUAACGGGCGUCGUCGACUUAGUUAUGUAUCGAUGGUUUUAGUUCUUGUUCUUCGUUGAAGUUGUCCAUUUUAACGGGGGCAGAAGAGUUCCGUGACUGAAACGAAUCAUUUUAUUUGAAAUAAAAAUGGUCCCUUCGACGAACUUAAUAGUUGUACUUUUAUUGUGUGUUGUGUACCUUUGCCGGUUUGUGGUAACUAUAAGCUUCGAGGAUGGAACUAGCCGACACAGAGAAUCUAGAAAACUCUUCGGCGGAUACAGAAUAACACCACGAUUUUGUAAAGCGACAAAAGAAAUAUCAACAGAUCUAAAAGGACCAACAAUGUGCAUGUUUAAUCAUGAGUGCGUUCAAAGAAACGGUUUGGUGGUCGGAGCGUGUAUGGAUGGAUUCCUUUUCGGAACUUGUUGUCAACUACCAGAUGGAAUUGCGGGUGAAUUAGCACUCAGUGAACUAUCAUCGGCGCAAAGUCCUAACAAUAAUAUUCAAAGUAAACCCACCGAAACGCUCGGAACGAAAGUUCGACCUGCCGUUGGUCUAAUAACUUCCAGUGGGGUUUCCCAAAUCACCAACUCGUUGUUGGGAGGAUUACUUCCAACAGCGCAGGAUAACGCAGUAGUUCAAAUAGAUAAUCACGAUAAUAAUUUUAUAUCCACCGGUGUGACACAUCCAAUUUCCGCCGAUACGAUCAUACAAGGAUUUAACGAUAUCGAUCCGAACGAGUUUAAACCGGCUAUACACACGACUAUGUCCACAAUUAUAGCGGAAGAGACACCGCCUUCAUUAAAAUUUACUGUUACAAGUAAACCUCAGUAUGUGUUAAGUGGUUCGAUAACCAGACCUGGUUUCAGGCCUAAACCUCAAAAGCCCGACGGUGAUAAAUACGUUUUAGUGCCAACGAUAUUACAUGAAUCAAAACCAAAUAAAACACAAGAAUUAGAGUCUAUUGUGAAUAUAAUACAAAUGUUGAACACAACCACAACUAAACAAACAACCCAAAGAUAUGUUCCAACUAAAUCGACGCCGGUUUACAUUACCUCAACGUAUCGACCAAUAAAUAGUAAAAAACCAUCAACAGCUUUCUUCAGUAGUACGAUUCCCACAAAAUUAACUACACAAGAACAAACCAAAAAAGUUUACGUACAAAGCUCGACUUUCCGACCUGUAACAUAUUCAACAUUCGCAAAUAGCCCGGAAGCAUUCAUCACGAAGAAACCCUCAACUUCAUACAUUUAUAGUUCAACAAUUAGUAAACGACCAAACACAGAAACCCCGCCACCACAAUCACCUAUAUAUUCCUCCUUCCCUAGUCCUACACCAACAGUAAUCGUUUUAUCCACCCCCGAUUACUCAACACCUUCACCAUCUCCAAAACCACCUCAAAAUAAACCACCACCAAGAAAACCAAUUACACAAGUAACAAUUAAUCAACACAUAACAAACAACAUCUAUAAUUCAAGCGAAAAACCAUCACCAACAGUUUUAAUCACACCAAAACCAUCAUCCACAACCACGUUUUCAAGUAUAACUGAAUACGAUGAAGUAUCAUUCGAAUCGGAAACAUCACCGAAUGAUAACAAUAAUUUUCCUCCGGUAAGGAAUCCGAAUUUGAAUAUGUCCGUUUUACCGUCGAUUAAUGAAAAUGAUAUAACGACUCCGGUAUUUAUUGAGGAUGCAGCUUUAAACAUUACCGUUGAAUCAUUUGUGAAUAAGAUUAUACAAGGACUUCAAGAACCGUUCCAUGGUUUAAAAGAUAUUGUGUACGAUAACAGUAAUAAGACAUCACAUUCGGGGAGUACCACAAAGAAACCGCAUAAGAAAACUGGCACAACUACAAAAAGACCGGUUACUACACGUGCCACCUUAAAAUCAACCACGAAAAGGCCGAUUAGUACUAUUGUUACGAAAAAGCCUACAACAACAAUACCGAAAAAAACUAAACCAACCAAGAAACCAUCAUCGGUUAUAACGACUACAGAAACAAUUUUAUCUUCCGACGAACCUUUAGAUCAAGAUUAUCGGAGUGUCUGCGGCCUCCGACCUUUAGUAAGGUCGAGUAGGAUCGUAGGUGGAAAGGAAGCGUCAUACGGAGAGUUCCCAUGGCAGGUGUUGGUCCGAGAAUCCACGUGGUUGGGUCUCUUUACCAAGAAUAAAUGCGGAGGCGUUCUAAUUAGUAAUCGUUACGUCAUGACCGCAGCUCAUUGCCAACCUGGAUUCCUGGCGUCAUUGGUGGCCGUUUUCGGCGAGUUCGACAUUUCCGGCAAUAAAGAAGAGAAAGUACCGUUAUCGAGGAAUAUUAAACGAGUUAUCGUUCAUCGCCAGUACGAUCCUAACACUUUCGCCAACGAUUUGGCUUUACUCGAACUCGAUCAACCAGUAAUUUUUGACAAACAUAUCAUACCAAUUUGUUUACCGAGGGAGGGUGAGGAUUUUACAGGAAGAAUGGCAACGGUAACCGGUUGGGGUCGUUUAAAAUAUGGCGGUGGCGUUCCAUCUAUUCUCCAAGAAGUUCAAGUACCAAUUAUGGAAAAUGAAGUUUGCCAGACAAUGUUCCAAACAGCCGGACACACGAAAACUAUUUACGGGUCAUUUUUGUGUGCGGGAUACGCGAAUGGACAAAAGGAUUCCUGCGAAGGUGAUUCAGGCGGUCCUUUAGUUCUACUAAGACCCGAUGGAAAAUACCAACUUGCAGGAACGGUGUCCCACGGGAUUAAAUGCGCCGCCCCUUAUUUACCAGGAGUAUACAUGCGAACCUCUUUUUACAAACCGUGGAUAGAGUCAAUUACAGGUGUCCAUUAAAACAUCUAAUUAACGUUAGUGCGCGAUUUCAAAACAUAAAGACAAGAACCACUCUUAAGUGCUGUGCAAGUGACGAACUAAACGAUUAUUACAUAGUUGAUACCUUAUUCUUACUUUUUUUGUUAUUGUGUA